UCAAUUUGGCAAGAAUUGGAAUUUCCUGUAUAGGUCUUUGAAUCAUCAAAUCUUAGUCAUUGUUUCUACAUUUAAGCAAGACGCCAGAAGAUUAGACCCAGUACGCUAUAUGAGUUAGUUUAGAGAACUUAAAAAAUUAUUCUGUAGACAUGUUUUGAUUCGCACAAUGUUUAGAUUUUUAUUAUUUUUUACCCUAUUGGUGGUGGUGUCAACAGUACACCAUGAUACAAUGCUGCCAGCUACGAGAACAGCUAUAGCUGAUGGUGUAACAACAGGAAUUGUGCCUUACCAUGUGGCUGUGUUUCAAGUGAACGAGGAUAGAUACUCUUUUGUAAUUUGCUCUGGCAGUAUAGUAUCAAGCCGAUUUGUUCUAACUGCAGCUCAAUGUUUUCAUCAAACUCAACAAGUAUUUCCAAUAAAAAUACGAGCAGGAUCACCAAAUGGAGAAUUCGGUGGAUGUCUGCACAAGGCAACACAUAUUAUUCGACACAGUAGCUACAAGAAAUUAGCGAAAAAUAGUUUAGCAACUGUAAACGACAUUGCUUUAAUUAAAGUGAAUAAGCCGUUUAAAUUAGGGCCAAAUAUUGCAAUAAUUCCUCUUUUUCAAGAAGAAACUCCAGCAUACAUUUAUGGUACAGCCAGUACAUGGGGAAGGGCUGAAGGUCUUUCUGCUUCUUUAAAAGCAGUAAGGGUAGAAUUAUGGGACAAAGUGGAAUGUGCAAGGUAUUACGAAAGUGUUCCCUUUCCUGAGGGCCAAAUUUGUACCGGAAAUCCGCGGCAAAAAAGUUGUCAUGGCAAUCUCGGUGGACCUUUAGUGGUUAAUGGUACUCAAGUAGGAAUAGAUAUCUGGGGUGAAUCAGUAUGUUGGCAUGGUCCUCUGGUUUAUACUGAAGUCGCGCAAUACAUAUCAUGGAUAAAUUAUUACAUAUACGAACAGCUAGAAAUGCAGGAUUAAAUACACCAAACUCUCGCUUUCAGCCAAGUGUCGGGGGUUUCCUUCA